AUUCAAUCAUUCAUAGUUCAAUAAUUAAUUGCUUCUAGUUUUACUAAAAGCUACAUAUGGAAAGGUAACAAAAUAAGGCAUAUUUUGGUUAAUGGUAAAUCUUAAUUAAGGCUUUAAUUAAGAAGUAGUAAUUGGAACUAAUGUGUAAUAUUAAUGUGUGAUAUAUGCUACCCAAUUUGCACAUGUUAUCCACGCCACCUCUGCUUUUCAACGCAAAGCCUAUAGUUUUCGGCGCUGUUCCGUGUUAUGGUUUAUGUGUAUUCUUGGUUGCAUAGUAUAACCAAACAUAAUGUUAUUAUUUGUUUUACUGCUGAUUCCAGCCAUAUGAGAGAGUCAAUUAAGGAAAUGCAAAUGCUCUAUACUUGUUUAUAUAAGAAAACCAGAAAAAUAUUUAUAUUAGUAGGAAGUAUGGCAUAAGCAUAUUUCAUAUCUGAGCAUUUUAAAAUGUAUAUAAGAGUAAUAGCAGAAGAUUGAAACUUCGAGCACUUCGGACGUGAGAUGGUUCAUUGCGCUGUAAUUGGUUGCCAAUCGGGGUGGGCCAAAAACGUGAGGCUGAGGUCAUUUCCACCAACGCAUUCGCCCGUCUUCAAGCAAUGGGUGGAAGCAAGCAAAAACAAGAAUCUCUUCUGCAUCCAUCCAGACACAGUGAGGAUUCAGUACAGGGUCUGUAACUUGCAUUUCCCUGAGCACUAUCGAAUAAGAUCCAAAUUCCAACCACCGGACAUCCCAUUACUGACAGAGAAUUUACCAGUGGAUGAUGAGGAUCUGGUUAAAGUAAAAACAUACAUGGUGCAGCAGGAAGUCGAUGAAGAUGAUGAUGAAGGACCUCUGAAGGAUGAGAAUGUUGUGGUGAUACCUGAGCCUCUGCCAGACAGAGAACUGAUUGAGAGGCUGAGACUGAAGAACAGUGAAAUCAGGAGGCUGAAGAUGAAGAACAGGUUCACAAGAAACAUGAUGCUGCAUUACAGAAAUAAAUGCAGGAAAUUUCAAUAUUUCCAUUUGCUUGAUGAAAGGGUGAAGGAGUUUAUUGAGUGCCAACUGAUCAAUGUCAAGAAGGUGAUGGGUGCAAGGAGGUACACAGUUGCAAACAAGGAUUUGGCUGUGAACAUUUACAAGCGCAGCCAGAGCUGCUUCCAGUAUUUGGCCGACGUUUUCUCCAUGCCCAGUGCAUCUUCAAUCAGCAAGAUUGUGGAAUGCAGUGAAAAUAAUAGAACUGAAGACGUUGGACAGAAUAUCUGUAUUUCUUAA